CAAACGCGCGCGCACGGAGCGUCUGUCUGCAGCGGCGACCGAAGGUCAGAAAGAGAGAGAGAGACCGCACUGAUAACUGCACCUGAAGUGAUACACAGAUGCCUCCACCUGUCGGAUCCCCAGCAGUGCCGCCUCCAGACGGUGGGUGGGGCUGGGCUGUGGUGGGCGGGGCCUUCAUCUCCAUCGGAUUCUCUUACGCCUUCCCGAAAGCCACCACCGUGUUCUUCAAAGACAUCCAGAGGAUCUUCCACGCCUCGUACAGCGAGGUGGCCUGGAUCUCCUCCAUCAUGCUGGCCGUCAUGUACGCAGGAGGGCCCAUCAGCAGUAUUCUGGUGAACACAUGCGGCUGUCGUCCCGUCAUGGUGUUGGGCGGCUUCCUGUGUGCCAUCGGCAUGAUCAGCGCUUCCUUCUGCAACAGCGUCACGCAGCUCUACAUCUGCAUCGGCGUCAUCGGCGGCUUCGGUCUGGCCUUCAACCUCCAGCCGGCGCUAACGAUGAUUGGGAAGUACUUCUACAAGAAGCGUCCCAUCGCUAACGGCUUCGCCAUGGCCGGCAGUCCCGUGUUCCUCAGCACGCUAGCGCCGCUCAACCAGUAUCUGAUCAAUGAGUACGGAUGGAGGGGAAGCUUCCUGAUCCUCGGCGGGCUCCUGCUCAACUGCUGUGUGGCCGGAUUGCUCAUGAGGCCCCUGAAGGCCCCGCCGAACCCAGCCGGAGCGCUGGAGGGGAAACCGUCGACGGUCAAGACAGAGAAGAGCACGGCCUGGCAGACGGUCAAUAAGUAUCUGGAUCUGUCGCUGUUCAAACACCGCGGAUUCCUCAUCUACCUGUCGGGAAAUGUCAUCAUGUUCCUGGGCUUCUUCGCUCCCAUCGUCUUCCUGUCGCCAUUUGCCAAAGACAACGGAGUGGAUGAGUAUCGAGCGGCCUUCCUGCUGUCCAUCCUGGCUUUCGUGGACAUGUUCGCUCGGCCGUCUAUGGGUCUGCUGGCGAACUCGCGCUGGGUUCGGCCGAGGAUCCAGUACUUCUUCAGCUUCGCCGUGCUUUAUAACGGCGUGUGUCACCUGCUGUGUCCGCUGGUGGAGAGCUACACCGGGAUGGUGGUGUACGCCGUCUUCUUCGGCUUCGCCUUCGGGAUGGUGAGCGCCGUCCUGUUCGAGACGCUGAUGGACCUGGUGGGAGCGCAGCGCUUCUCCAGCGCCGUGGGGCUCACCACCAUCGUGGAGUGCUGUCCGGUGCUCAUCGGGCCGCCGCUGGCAGGGAAGCUAGUGGACAUCACAAAGAACUACAAGUACAUGUACCUGUGCUGCGGGUCGGUGGUUGUCCUGUCCAGCAUCUGGCUCUUCAUCGGCAACUUCAUCAACUAUCGGCUGCUGGAGCGCGAGCGCAAACACAUGCAAGAGGAGAUGUACAAACGCGCCGACCGCGAGGAGCAGGAGCGGGACCAGACGGAGACUGACACAGACGUGACGCAGGAGCUCUGCGAGAACAAAGACGGCGUCAUGCAGCACGAAACCAACAUCUGAACACCUAUGCAAACAGUGCACUCUGAAGAAACUGCCAAAGAGAUCCAGUCAAGUCGACGAGCUUCAUUAGGCUACGUUCACACCGCGAGCCUUAGAGCUUUCUCUCAGACCUCGAUUUUUGUUGUGUAGCUAUGCACAUUGUUGUUUUAAAUGCGGCCAAUAUCAGAUGUCCAGUGUGAACACAUUAUGGUUCUGAACUGACCUGUUCUGCAUGCGCAAAAGAACGAUACGAACAGGGUUGCCAGGUUUACACUUCUCAAAACUAGUCCAAAACUAGCCCAACCGUGUUCAGGUGAUAAAUAAUGCGUAAGUGGCGUCGCGUCGAUCCACAAAGUUGAAAAACAUCCAGCGGAAACUGUGGAUUUGGCAACAUUUGCGCAGCAUGUCGUAAUAUGAAAGUAAACACGAAGGAUAUAAAGUAAGCAAUUAUGCAUUUAUUUAUAGUUUGAUCUCCUACUGAAUCCGGUGAAAUUAUGUGCAGGCAAUAUGAAAACUAAAGACAAGGAUGUUACAAAAAAAGCAGAGUUUUGAAGCUGUUAUGAUUAGUGGUCGACCGAUAUAUCGGCCGAUAUUUGGUGUUUUUCAAAUAUCGGCAACAGAUGAUACGUUUUUCUGCUUGGCUGGUGUGUUCGAGGCGGGACUUUUAUUUUGACAGCGUGUUCUCUGCAUGACGGUCGGUCCGUGUGAAUUGAAUGCUUUAAACUUUAAACUAUUUGCCCACUGUCAUAUUCAUGUGUCAUUUCAUGCCUCAUGUUUUGCUUGUAUAUAGAGUUAUCACUGUAAUACUAAUGAGUUCUAACUAGUGCUUUCAAAAGAUUAAUCGUGAUUAAGUGCAGUCAAAAUAAAAGUUUUUAUUUUC